AUGCAAUGGCAUUACGAAGGCACAAAGAAAAAAAAACACCUUUUGAUUCCUUCUCAAAAUUCAAAUAGUAAAAAUGUAUUUUUUGAAGAUUCAUGUAAUGUAUUUGUUGCUGUAAAUAUUCCUUUGCAUAAGCUGGGCAAUCAUGUGUUAAAAUCAUUUUUGGAAAAACAUACUGGCAAAUCAAUUCUCGACGAAAGCACUUUAAGAAAAAAUUACAUACCAAAUAUUUAUAAAAGCGUUAUGAAUCAAAUAAUUUGUGAUGUUGUAAAUAAUUCUGUUUAUAUAAUUGUUGAAGAAAUAACCGAUCCAAGAGGUUUGUAUAAAUAAUUUUUUUAAUUUCUUAUAUAUUAAAACAUAUUAUUUUCAUUUAGGUUUGGCUAUUGCAAAUUUAAUAAUUGAUAAAUUAUAUGGCACACUUAGUAAAUCAUAUUUAGUUUCGUGUAAAGAACUAAAAUCCACCUAUUAUGAAACUAUUUGUUAG